UGGUUUGCUGCCACGCCUGGGUCGCGGCGGGUGCGGAGCCGCAGCCAUGCUGUUCUGGCACACGCAGCCCGAGCACUACAACCAGCACAGCUCCGGCAGCUACCUGCGGGACUUGACUAGUGCUCUUCAAAGGGAAAACGAUGUGCUCGCCCUGCCCAUCUUCAAGCAAGAGGAGCCGCAGCUGUCCCCCGAGAGUGAGGCCCGCCUGCCGCCCCUGCAGUACGUGCUGUGCGCUGCCACGUCCCCGGCCGUGAAGCUGCACGAAGAGACCCUGACCUAUCUCAACCAAGGUCAGUCUUAUGAAAUCAGGCUGCUGGAGAAUCGGAAGCUGGGAGACUUUCAAGAUCUGAACACGAAAUAUGUCAAGAGCAUUAUCCGAGUGGUUUUCCACGACCGCCGGCUGCAGUACACGGAGCACCAGCAGCUGGAAGGAUGGCGGUGGAGCAGGCCCGGGGACCGGAUCCUGGACAUCGAUAUUCCACUGUCUGUUGGUAUCUUGGACCCCAGGGCCAGCCCGACCCAGCUGAACGCUGUCGAGUUUCUGUGGGAGCCUUCGAAGAGAGCCUCUGCAUUCAUUCAGGUGCACUGUAUCAGCACAGAAUUCACCCCGAGGAAGCAUGGGGGUGAGAAGGGGGUGCCUUUCCGAGUGCAGAUUGACACAUUUAAGCAGAACGACAAUGGGGAAUACACAGAGCACUUGCACUCGGCCAGCUGCCAGAUCAAGGUGUUCAAGCCAAAGGGAGCUGACCGGAAACAGAAGACCGACCGGGAAAAGAUGGAGAAGAGAACUGCCCAAGAAAAGGAGAAGUACCAGCCGUCCUAUGAGACCACCAUUCUCACAGAGUGCUCCCCGUGGCCCGACAUGGCCUAUCAGGUGAACAGCGCCCCAUCUCCCAGCUACAAUGGCUCUCCAAACAGCUUUGGCCUCGGCGAAGGGAACAGCUCUCCGACCCACCCAGUGGAGACCCUGCCCUUGGGCAAUGAUCACCUGCUUCCAUCGGCCUCGAUCCAGGACGCCCAGCAGUGGCUGCACCGAAACAGAUUCUCACAGUUUUGCCGGCUCUUUGCCAGCUUCUCGGGUGCUGACUUGCUUAAGAUGUCUCGAGACGAUUUGGUCCAGAUCUGUGGCCCUGCCGAUGGGAUCCGGCUCUUUAAUGCCAUCAAAGGCCGGAAUGUGAGGCCGAAGAUGACCAUUUACGUCUGUCAAGAGCUGGAGCAGAACCGAGCGCCCCUGCAGCAGAAGCGGGAUGGCGGUGGGGACAGCAGUCUGUGUGUGUACCACGCCAUCUUCCUGGAGGAGCUGACCACCUUGGAGCUGGUUGAGAAGAUUGCCAACCUGUACAGCAUCUCCCCCCAGCACAUCCACCGAGUCUAUCGGCAGGGCCCCACCGGCAUCCACGUGGUGGUCAGCAACGAGAUGGUGCAGAAUUUCCAGGAUGAGUCUUGUUUUAUCCUCAGUACCUUGAAAGCUGAGAGCAAUGAUGGCUACCACGUCAUCCUGAAAUGUGGCCUCUGAGUGAAAGUCCAGCGUGUGAAGUACGGCCCCCACCCCACAGCCCAGUGGAUUCCCUCGGAUGUAGAAACCGCACCACUCUACGCCGCAGCCUCCCCUGGCGGGCUGUGGCUGGGAGGGACUUGGCCCAGUCCAGGAAGAUCACAGCCCACGAACCAGCAGAACCCUGCGGAUGCAGUCUCUGGUGUACGGAAAGCCAGCGGCUCCUCUCUCCCUUCCUCUUGGCCUCCAGCUUUUGAAUGUUCCUCGUUCUUUUCCCAGCCCUGCUAUCUUAAAGAGGCAAAUGGCAGGGCCAUCUUCUCUGAAACCCCUUGCUCCCUAGUUGGAGGCCAGUUCACUGAGUGUCUCGGUGCCUUCUGACCAUUCCCCUGCCUCCCGGGAAGGCUGUGCCUCCCCCCGACCUUCACCUUUUCUGGAAACCGGCUCCGUGACCAGGACUGCUGACUGGAUGUAGGUGGCUUGCCAGUGUUCUGUCUUCGUGUUGGUUCCCCUUCUCAGCGACCCUGGUGGGCAUCUGUCUUUCUGCUUCUUGGAUGGAUCGGUGGGAAGGGGACUUUCUCUGUGCCUUCUGCUGCUUUCACCUUGACUCCGUUUCUAAGGACCUGCUUUUGCAGUGCCCAGCAAUGGGCUCCUGUCUCUGCAUUGGUGAGGUAGACACCACGAUGCUUGUGUAGGACUGGCCACGUAGACCUAGGUCUGUGCCCUUGGAAGGAAGAAGGAGAGGAUAGAACAACUAUUUUUCAGGUACGUUCUCACGAGUAUGAAAGGGAUGAGAACAGAAUGAUAUUUUGCUUGAGCCCCUUUUAUGUAAUUUUAUGCCCUAAGCAAUCAUGGGUAAGGAAGAUUAGGAAAUGAGUAUUCGGCUGUAUGAUCAGAUGACCUUGAUGGUCAUGAUAGCAGGCCCUGUUGGAUGGACUUAACCAGGUCCCAUUUAAAGAAGACCUUGGCUGACGACUGCCAAACUUAACAAGUUUCCUAGGGUUCAUCUUUUCUGUGCGGCCCCAAUUUAAAUGUUUGUCUUUUUUCAUGCAUGGAGGGAGUGUUUAGGGCAUUUUGCCUGCAUUGGAGUGGUCGGAUCACGUUUGUUAGUGGCUUAAUUCUGGGGAACUCUGAUUAUCAGUAACCAGUAAACUCAGCAAUUAGGCUUUGUCUUGCGUCUGUUUCCCGGCACGCAGUGAUCUAUACUCUUCGCUAACUUAGGUUUAACUUUCAGAGCAUUGAGAAGCCCUAUGAUCAAUGGAGCAGGAGUUUACAACUUCUAAAGCAGAGCUUUAGGAGAUUAUAGCGCUGGGGUCAAAGAUGAUCCGAACUGGGUAGACCUUGCUUUCCAGUUGGGGAAAAUGAAACCUAGAGGGGCAGAGCCAUCUGCCUGAUAACACACAGUGACAGGGCGAUGAUAUAAACUCAUUAUAUAAAUCAAGACACUUCUCAGGGUGAAAGGGGCUCUCUAAGUAAGAGUUAUGUUGGGACCACAGGUGGUAUGGUGUUCCUACAGAGUAAAACAGGCUCCUGAUUCCUUUCCUGUUUUGGGGGAGGGGGCGGGAGCAGGUAACAGCUUUAUUGAGAUAUAAUUCACAUUCAAUACAGUGUACCCAUUCAGAGCAUACCGCUCUAUGGUUCUUAGUAAAUUCACAGAAUCAGCACAUUCAAUUUUAGGACAUUUUUCUCACCCCCAAAAGAAACCCUGUUUCUUUUAGCGAUCACCCUCCCACUUUCCCCCCAGCUCCCCUUGUUUUAGGCAACCACAAGUCUCCUUUCCAUGUAGAUUUACUUAUUCUGGACAUUUCAUGGAUAUGGAAUUACAGUGAGUGGCCUUUUGUUACUGGCUUUUUUUUUUUUUUUUUUUCUCUCGCGUAAUGUUUUCUGGGGCAUCUGUGUUGAACAUGUAUUCAUACUUCAGUCCUUUCUAUAGUUGAGUAGUAUUUCAUUCUCUGGAUAGAUGUGUCACAGUUUGUUUAUCCACUCAUUAGCCGAUUGAUACGCGAGUUUCUACUUUUCGGCUGUUUCGAAUGAUGCUGCUACGAACAUAUUUGUACAGGUUUUUGCGUACAUAAUGUUUUCAUUUCAUUUGGGUAUAUACCUAGGAUGUAUACCCUACAUACACCUUUCGCCAGGGCGUAUACCCUGGCGUUGCUGGGUCCUACGGAACUCUAUGUUUAACUUUUUGAGAAACUUCCAGAUUGUUUUCCAAAGCAGUGGCACCAUUUUAGCC